AUGUCGUCCUUUUCAACUGAAGCUCUGUACCACUCGAUACCGCAAGCCCCAGUGGCGGCGAAUCCCCUUGCGCCGCCAGCCGACGCAGAGAUUGAUGAUGUACUUGAGCUUCAGGAGUCAGAUAUCCUGCAACCGCCGCAAGAUCCUCAUGCCGAGGCGCGAAUAGGCUGGAUUCACUUCAUUCUGGGAGCUGUCAUUCUCCUUCCAUGGAAUGUCAUGAUCACCGCGACUCCAUACUUUCUUGCUCGGCUAUCCGGGUCGCACUACAGGGGCACCUUCAGCUCGUAUCUCUCGACAUCCUGUACCGCGUCGAACUUUGUGUUUCUGGCUCAUGCGACAAUUACAUCCAAGAAGGUCCCUUCAACGCGGAUUCGCCAGUCGACCAUAUGGCUAGUGGUUAUGACUUUGUUGCUAACUCUGAGCACAUUCGUCACGAUAUCCCCCGGAAUCUUCUUUGCCUUCGUCAUCAUUAAUGGUAUCGUUCAGGCCGCAGCAGGAUCGUACCUGCAGACUGCCACGAUCCAAGUUGCGUCGCUAUUCGGCCCCCAUACGGUUCAGGCGAUGUUCACGGGUCAAGGUGCCGUUGCUGUCGUAGUCAGUGGCGUGCAAGUUGUGAGUGCAACUGUAUCCACCUGGGGAGCUAGCCAGGAGACCAUCUCGACCUACGUCCUCGGUGAUGGCUCGGCAGAGGAACGCUCUGCAUUCAUAUUCUUCGGCCUAUCCACUCUCUUCCUGCUUUUCAGCUUAGCCGCUCAUGCAUGGCUAGUCUCCAUGCCCAUCUACAAGACCGUUGCUGCGCCUUUGGAACACAAGGCUAUCACGGGUAGCACCACCGAUGAAAUCCAAGGUCUCGUAUCCGGCCACAGGCAUGAAUUCCACGAUGAGAAGAAGCGGAUAAUCCGCGUUGCACGCUUGAAUGUCACAUACGAAGUCGCCGUGGCCUACGUGUUCAUUGUCACCCUGGCUGUCUUCCCUCCAAUCACCGCUUCAGUGCAAACCACCAACCCAACCACGCACCCCCUGCUCUUUAGUGCUAUCCAUUUCCUCAUGUUCAACAUCGGCGAUUUCUCUGGCCGAUAUAUUUGCUCGUUCCCUCGACUUCUCAUUUGGGACUCAAAGCGCCUUUUAAUGCUUUCCCUGGCUAGAACAGCCUUUAUACCCUUGUUCUUGAUGUGUAAUGUCCAAUCAUCGCCAACCAGCUCACCCACGACACCUAUCAUCAACUCAGACGUCUUAUUCAUGACCAUCCUUCUGGCAUUCGGGGCUACCAACGGAUAUUUAUCAAGUCUUUGCAUGAUGUCUGCACCCUCUUUGGAGCACAACCCGAAAUUGCAAGGCCGUCGGGAAGAUGUCGAUAUCGCGGCAACAGUGGCUACUUUCUGCCUCGUCGGUGGCCUGGCAAUGGGCAGUAUCGCUAGCUUUGCGGUCAGAGCUGCUGUCUGUAAUUGUAAUCCUUUCGUUUCAUGA